AUGACCGACCUCAAGAUCUCCAGAAUCGACGUCUUCCAAGUCGACCUCCCCUACUCCCACGGAACCUACCAUCUCUCCGGCAACCGCGCCAUCACCCGCUUCGACGCCACCUUCGUCCGCAUCACCACCAACACCGGCCUCGAAGGCUGGGGCGAAAGCACCCCUUUCGACAACUACAUCGCGUCCCACGCUGGCGGUGUUCGCGCCGCUAUUGCAGAGAUUGCCCCUAAGCUCAUCGGUCUAGACCCCCGCCGAGUCGACCGCCUCAACGACGCCAUGGACGCUGCCCUGCUAGGCAACGAGCCCGCCAAAUCCGCCAUCGACAUUGCCUGCUGGGACAUCUUCGGCAAGUCUGUCGGACUGCCGGUGUGUGAGUUGCUUGGCGGACGGACAGAGACGAAGCUCCCUGUUCUGGAGUCGAUCCCCGUUGCAGACCCCGAGGGGACGCGCAAGCAUGUUUCUGAUGCCAGGGCAAUGGGAUUCACGGGUUUCUCGGUGAAAAUUGGUUCGGACCCUGUGACCAAUGCUGCGAGGGUGGAGGCUGCCCUGAUUGAUUAAAAGCCCGGAGAGUUCUUUCUAAUUGAUGCUAAUGGCGGGAUGACGGUUGAUACUGCGCUGCGGAUGUUCAGGUUACUUCCUAGGGGAUUAGAUUUCGUUCUGGAAGCGCCAUGCGCUACGUACAGGGAGAGCAUGUCACUGCGACGUCGGAUUGACGUGCCGAUUAUCUUUGAUGAGUUGGCGAAUAAUGAGAGCUCGAUUGUGCAGUUCGUUGCGGAUGAUGCUGUUGACGGGAUCGGACUGAAGAUAUCCAAGACGGGUGGGUUGACGAGAGGUCGCAGGGUUAGGGAUAUCUGUCUGGCGGCGGGAUAUACUAUGUCUGUUCAGGAUACGAGUGGUUCGGACGUGGCGUUUGCGGCCAUUGUGCAUCUGGGACAGACUAUACCGGAGCAAUACUUGAGAUGUAUUUUGGAGUGUAGGGCUAUGUGUGUUGGGAAGACGGCGGAUGGGCCGUUUGAUGUU